AGAUACGGAUUGAGGAACAAAAGUAAAGAGACGUGUUUUUUGCGAUUCCAAUCGAUAUGUGAUUAAUACAGUGCCGAAUAAAAGAAUACCAGUUGAUUACCGAGUACCCGAACAGAGAAAUUAUUGAUUAAUUCAUCACAAUGUUCAAAUGUUAAGUUUGAUGUGAAACAAACAUAAAAAAAAAAUAAUUUCAUGAAUAAUAAUCAUUUAGUGUUGUGUUAAGUGAAGUAUUACCUCACUGAAGUAAUGCUGCGUUAUGCAUGCCUUUACUGUUGAUUGACAACCACAUAGCUUUAACGACGGUUGAAAGUUCGCCGCGAAUUUGCUAAUAAUUCCAUUUUCGCCCUAUCUAUGACGUUUUCCAUUUCGCUUGUUAUUCUUGCUCUUAUAUUUUCUCAUAUGUUUUCAUUUCAUUUUGAGUGAGUUGAAUUUAAACUUAAAUUUAAAUUGAAUUUGAAGGAAAAAACAAUUUUGCCAUGCAAUUAAAUUAGUUUUAGAAUGAAUUUCGUGUAUUUCCAUGUGUAUUUAGGGAUAAAAAUAAAAAAAAAAUAUUUGAAAAAAACUAAAACUUCAAACAGAAUCAUGUUUAAUUUAUCCAAUAUUCAAAAACGGGGCAAUAGCAGAGUUUUGAAAUUCUAUGAAACGGCCGAUUCAUCGCAAAUACAUUCGUACGCUGACCUAUACAGUGAUUCAACAAGUCUGUCCACAUGCCUUGCAAAAUUGUUGGGAAGUACAGUUAUUGACAACUGUGCACGUGGUUUCAAUGUAGCAAUAUUGCUGCCAGUGCAUUCGCCGGCUAUUUUACCAUCGAUUGUUGGAGUUGAGAAUGCUGGAUGUGUAAGCUGUUUUCUUGAUUUCCCUCAACCAAUUCCGUAUAUCAAGAAGCGACUGGUUGACUUUGGGACAAACAUUGUUUUAUGCGAUUUAGAAAAUGUCAUCAAACUUAAUGCUGGAGAUGAACAAGUUGAAAUCAUUUCGAAUAUCACUUUGUUUGAUAGAAAGUGCGUUCUGGCUCGAUUUGAGAGCAUCACACUCAAUGUAAAUAGACAUUCAAAUAGUGACAAGGAUGAUACGAGCAAGUCAUCGAACAUAUUUUUUUAUGCAACUACAUCGGGGUCAUGCGGUGAAGUGAAACCGAUUGGUGUUACUUAUAAAUGUUUCUCGCCGAACAUUGCGAGCAUUGGGAAAUUAUACGGUAUAACUGAACACGAUGUAAUUUUUGUAUCAUCACCACCAACUUUCGACCCGUUCAUGGUUGAUAUUUGCCUAGCACUACACCACGGAGCCUCUUUGAUCAUGACAUGCAAUGCGUUAAGAUGUGAUGCGACCGUGCUGUUGAAUAUUCUAUUUCCACGUGAUUCAGACAAAAUUGAAGUAACAAUAAUGCAAACAACGCCAUCACUCUUUAUGCGUUGGUCGUCCAGCGAAAUAUCUACCAGAAUAUUUUCGUCGAAUACGCAAUUACGGAUUCUAGCCUUUGGCGGUGAGGCAUUUCCAGCGACAAGUAAAAUAUCCAAAUGGAUAAACUGGGAAAAUAGUCAUAUGACGAAAAUUUUCAAUUUGUACGGCCUGACCGAAAUGUCAUGUUGGGCUGGUAUUUAUGAACUGACAAAAGAAGACAUUCGAACAAACCAACGCAUACCAAUCGGCCAUCCCAUCGACGAACAAACUGAGUUUGAAGUUAAUGCCGACGGCGAACUACUAUUGAAAUCUAAAACUCGCAAAUGUUUUCAACCAAAACUAACUGAUGCUCAAGUAAUUGACAAAGAUUUUGAAUUCGUUUUACAUACCGGAGACUUGGUAGAGGUUACAGAUGAUUCCAACAUAUACUUUACAUCGCGAUCUAAUGCUAUAAUUAAGUUGUACGGGCGAAAGAUUAAUUUAUGUGAAAUUGAAGCGUGUGCUAAAUUGGUUGGUGUUGAGGAAUCUAUAUGCAUACAUGAUAUAAAACACAAUUCAAUCGAUCUCUUUGUUGAAAUUGUUGGCGAUUUUGAUGAUAUAAAAAGACAAAUAACUAAAAAACUACAACAAUUCGGCGUUCAUGUCAAAAUUUAUUGUGUUACCAGUUUCCCAUUGACAGCGCACGGCAAAAUUGAUAAAUCGGAGCUAUUGAAUACUGUGUACUCAAAUAAUGAUGGGCAAAAUUCAAAGCCCGAAUCAGUUCAUUUGAUACUAAAGCAACUAAUCAAUGAGUCACUUGGCACACAAAUCGAGCUUUCAAUUCGGUUAGAGUCAUCCGAAUCGCAUAAGAAGCCAAAACAAGACAUCGACUUAUCAUUCAUUCAUUUGGGUGGCACUUCAUUGAAAGCAAUUCAAAUAGUCAACGAAUUUGAACGCAACGUUUCCUACUCAAUUCCACAAGUACUGACGAUGCUGUUAGAUGAUCGAAUUGCAAUACGUGACAUUCUGACUUAUGUGUUAAACGUAAAUAAGUCAAGUGUUGAAAACGGCGAAAAACCGAAUGAGACCAUUUUGGAAAUGACACCCUGUUGGAGAAUUGAUAUGAAAAAAUGCAUUGAUGCUACACCUACCGUAUGUGUGCUGGAUGGCAUGGUUAUUGUAUCCGUCGGCAGCCACUCAAAAUUAUUGUACAACAUUUCGGUGAAUGAUGGCAAAAUAGUAUCCAAAUUGGAAUUACCCGACCGCAUCGAAAGUCAAGUGACUCAAUUGGAUGGUUGGGGCAUUGUUGGAUGCUAUGAUGGUCAUCUGUAUUGCUUCGACAUUCGAACGGGUUGCAUAAAAUGGAAAUUCAAUUCGGGAGCCAUGAUUAAGUGUCGCGCUCUGGUAAUUGGUUCAAGAGUCAUAUUUGGCAAUUAUAAUGAUACAGACAACUUGUGGUGCUUGGAAGCAACAAACGGACGAUUGAUCUGGUCACAAAGGAUCGGGACGACGUGUAGUAUCUAUGCCAAUCCAAUAAAAUUGGAUAGUGACAACUGUCUGGUCUGUUGCCUUGACGGUACAGUCUCAUCGGUGAACUCUGCAUCAGGUGAAAUACAAUGGUCAUUCAAAGCAGAAGCUCCAGUGUUUUCAACACCGUCGGUAUUUAUGAAUAAUCAGCACGAAACGCAAAUCAUACUUGCCGCUGUGAAUGGCCGUAUCUAUAUUUUGAAUAGCGAUGGUGUCGUCAGGUGGAAUCACAAAAUCAACGGCAAUAUUUUUUCAUCCAUUGAAUAUUUCACAAAUCCAUCAGAUGCCACUUGCAUGAAUUUUGUUUUCGGGUCACAGAAUCAUUAUUUGUACAGUUUCAAAAUGGAUUCAAAGAGUGAAUGUGUAGAAAAUUGGCAGCACGAAAUGUCAGCACCCAUUCGAUCAACUCCAGUUUUAGUAAGAAAAGAGCGAAAAUUGUAUGUUGGUAUUUUUUCCUCCGAUGGAACAUUUAAAUUGAUUAGCUGUGAUAUCGGACGAUUGGUACAUCAACGCAAAAUUGAUGGCGAUGUUUUUUCAACACCAGCAAUACACGAACAAAACUUGUUUGUUGGGAGUAGAAAUAAUUUUAUUUAUUGCAUUGAUUUAACGGAUUUUGAUUAAAAUGAAUUGUUUUCCCUAGAAAAAAAUGGUUUACGUAUAUUUUUUUCCAUUUGCUCCAAAAAAUAAAAUUAAAAUUUUUUUUUUACUCUUCUAUAAAAUAAUUAAAAAUACUCUUUUUUAAUUUUGUUUUCCAAAUUUUUACUCAUCAAUUUCAUAAAAAUAAUAAGAAAUAUAAAAAAAUACAAACAUAAAUGCAAAGAAUUAAUAGGAUUAAACUCUUUUCCCGGGAGCUAAAUUGAACGAAAGCCAUUUUUCUUAAUCAAUCAACCGAUUCUGUAUGUGGUAUCACAAAAGGAAGUUAUAUUUUCUAAUCAAAAAUGUUAUUUAGAUUAGAUUGAAUGCUAAGAUUUUUUUCUUACGGCCAAAUCACAAUCGAAUGAAUGUGUAUAAUUUGGUUGUUAUGCAUUUAUGUUAAACAUACAUGAUAAAUCAUUGUUUCAAAUAAUAAAGAGCAAUAGAAUGUAAGACGAAGAGAAAAACAAAGCCAAAUUAAAGCAGGACAAAAAGCGAAUAAAGCGAAAAAUAAUUAGAUUUUUCUCACGAAGCAUUGAAA